AUGAUUUCAGAAACCGAGACAGAUUAUACUGAAAGACCAUCAACACAGUCAACUUAAUCUAAAUCUUAGCUAACCUCAAGAAUUAUGAACGGAAGUUAAUAUCAAAGAAAAGUGGUCCAUCAAAUGACAUUAGGUGACUCAUAAUCUGAGGUGUUUUGCGCCAAGUUCGACCCUGAAGAUAAGUAUAUUGCUUGUGGGUAUGGAGAUGGUGUAGCAAGGAUCUAUAACUUGCAAACUGGAAAGCUUUCAUUCUAAUUAUCAGGUUCGCUUCAACUUGCUGGAUCUAUUGAUGAUAUGCCAAUUACUGCUUUGAAGUGGAGACCUCAAUCAGCAUAACUCAAAACUAUGAACGUCUUAGUUACUGCACAAGCUGACGGUAGCUUAAAGCAUUGGCAUUCAACUUCUGGUAAAUGUCUUCACUCUAGAUUAGAUAACCCAGACAAUCAUCUAUAUUGUCUAGACUUUAACCCUGAAGGUACUUUACUAGCAGCUGCAGGAAGAGACUGUCAUGUCAGAAUCUACGAUGAAACAACAAAAUCGCUGGCUGUGACAAUGAAAGAAAGAGGUGACCUUCCAGGCCAUUCCAAUAGAGUAUUCUGUGUGAAGUUCAAUCCAAUCCAGAGAGAUAUGGUUGUUAGUGGAGGAUGGGAUAAUACUCUUUAGAUUUAUGAUAUCAGAUAGAAAGGACCAGUUGAAAGUAUUUAUGGACCUCAUAUCUGUGGUGAUUCUCUUGACUUCAGAAAUGAUGGAUAUACUCUAUUGGCAGGUAGCUACAGAUAAGAUGAUGCUAUCUAGCUCUUUGAUCUGAGAAAGUUUAAAUGUGUCAGAACCUACGAAUGGGAUGGUCCAGAUGGAAUGGGUAUCGCCUAAAGAGAGCCGGAAGAAUCUGUGAGAAUGCAGCAGUUCAGACCAAAGACUGCUCCACUACUAUACGCUACUAUGUUCAAUAAAACUCAAGAUCUUAUAUUGGCAGGAGGAGCUGGAAAAAAUCAAGUCAGAAUAUUCGACUAUGAAUCUGGAAAUAUAAUCUCUAUUAUCAGUGAUAUGGAAAGAAGCAUUCUUUGCAUGGACGUCAACAAGACUAAAAAUGGCUUCGCGUUUGGUUCUGCAGAUUCCUGCCUUUAUAAUUUUAAUUUAAGUUUAAUGGAAACCAUCUAAGAAUUAGCUGUAAAUCGUAUUCAUAAAGAAUCGAAAAUGAAUGUUUACGGUUCCUCUUUUAAUAAUGAGAACGAUGUUAGUGGGCAAGGCAUUAAUAAUAUAACAAAGAGAAGUAAAAACGACAUUAAGGAUAUCAAGAGUUACAGAAUGCUUGAUAGAGUCUAACUAGAUCUUGAAUCUCCUAGGAGUAAGGAAGAGUUUUACUUGAAGGGAGUCGAGUAGGAUCUAAUUGAUUUGAGAUUUAAGCAUUUCUAAUCAAGAUUGAUAGAUACGUUAAAUCGAGUGCUUCAAGAGCAAAUAAAAUAAAUGCAAAAGGAGAUUCUGGAUUAGAAAAUGAUUGCUAAAUCUGCAUCUCUAGGCCAACUUUAAAUUUAGCCUUAAAAUUAAGGGCCUAAUAAGUCCUUCAACCAACCUAUAGUAAAUCAAAGUCACUUCUUAGCAACAACUUCAACAGCUGCUGGACUUUCAACUUCAAUAUUUCCAACUGAAGUCAUCAUGCUUGGUGGAGAGACCAAAAAAGCAUUAUCUGGAUUUAAAGAAAAUAUGGCUAAAUCCUAAUCAGUAUUGACUCAUCGGGCAAUCUCAACAACAUAGUCAGCUUAAAGUCCUCAUAACCUUAAGUUUUUACUUACAAAAACAGCAUUCAAAGAUAUUUAAUCCUCAAGCGUAAUCUCUGGUAACUAUUCCAGUCGCUACAUAGAGAAUAAUAUAAUGAGUAAAACUAUGGGAACUACCUUUAAUGAUAAUUUGAGAAAUUCAAAAACUUAUAGAGCUCAUCCUAUAGUUGAAUAAAAGAUAUAAAUGGAAUUAGCGAAAAUUGAAAGGGAUAAAUCUUAGAAAAUUUUCAAAAUUCAGAAAGAAUUAGAUGAUUAGAAGAAGAAAAAGCAGAAAUUGGAUGAGUACGAGGAGAGACUUAAAAAAGCAGAGGAUAAGGUGAAUGCUAAAAUCAGGCACAUUAGUGUUGAUAAAAGAUUGAAAAAUGAAAAACGAAUAUUUGAAGCUUAGCAUAGAGCAAUGAAUAUUUCAAAAGAGUAGGAAUAUUCAAUUCUUAGGGAGUAUGAGAAGUAAAACGCAUCGAUUAGUGGGUCAUAGCUAAAAUAGAUAUAAGAUUAAGAAAAAAGACUUUAAGUUAUGAAAAGAGAAUAGGAGUUUCAAGAAAGGCUAAGACUUAUUCAGGAAAUGAAACAGGAAUAAGAAUAUCAAGAAAUGUAGUCAUUAGAAUAUAGAUUAGAGUCAAUUGAUUAAAGGCUGAAUAGAUCUCAAAUGAUACACAAUAAUAACAUCAAACGAGUAUAGAGCGAGGCUAGAGCAAAGAAUGAAAUAGUGCGCAACAAAUUAAUCUAAUAUAAGAAUUAGCAAGAAGAGUUGGAGAAGAAGGAAAAAUAAGACUAUUAAGAUUAUGAGAAUAGAGUAAAAAAGAGACUUUAAAAUGCACAUAAAGAGAUGAGUAAUCUGUAUGAUAACAUGAAGUCGUAAAAGGCAGCUAAAGUUACUCUUAAUCAAAAGAAUAGAAAGGAAGAAUUCAUGGAGUAAAAAAUGAAAAUGAGCUAAAUUUAGUAAAGGUAAAGAGAAGCAGAAGAGUUAUAAGAAGAAUUUAAGCGAGAAUAAGAACACGAAUUCAUGUUAAGAAAUGAAUUGAGAAGGUUGAGAGAAGAGGAUAUCAAGAAACUGAGAGAUAGAUAGAGAAGACUUUAAGAUCAGAAGAAGCUGCAAAUCCUGAAUAAAGAAAGAGAAAACGAUGAGUUUAUGAAGCAUAUCAAGGAGAGUGAGGAGGCUUACGUCCUGAAAAUCAAAGAAACAGAUGAGGUGAAGAAGACUUUAGUUGAUAUUGCAGUAAAGGGCAAAAUCAUGACUCCAAGAAGUAAAAAGAGGCUAGAACAGGAAGGCAUUAUGAUGGCUAGCAACCUCACUAAAAGAAAAAUGAGUUUGAAAAAUUUUAACGAAAAUUACUGA